AUGGAGGGAGUAGCAACCCGUUUUCGUACGAGGGAUAGAGACGCUGCCAACGAUGACAAGAUAGUUGAACUGCGCACUAAAUAUCACCAUGAAGGAUCCGGGGUUCAAGACGAGUCACGUCCCCUAAAAAGACGAAAGAAAGCCGCUUCUAAGUCACAUGUUCGUCUCCCCGCUUUAGAGGAAACGUCUGCCCGUAGCGCUUCUUCAGAAGAACAAGGGAGUCGAGAAGAAGGAGAAUUGCCAGCUGAUGCUGCUUCUCCCGGAGGUAUGGAGACUGAGGAGACCAACUUCGUCCAACAAAUGCAGGAUGCUCUGAAAGAAGGACCAGCUGGUGCUCCACCAACUCCUGACAUUGAUCCAUCGGCUACAGACACAGGUAGCGAGUCCGGCGUAUGGAGAGUCGCAUAUUGAUGAGAUUGUAAGAAACGGCUAUGUAACUUCGUUUU